AGAGACUGAGUCAAUCUGAAGCAAGGCAUGAAAAAUACGAGUUAAGAGGCAUUUGUCUCGACUAUUAACUCAUUUGAAAACGAAAGCAACCAAAGCCACAUAUUUUAACUUGCCCAUCUCCUUCAUCUCUGUAUAUUUCUUUCUCAUUACCGCUCUAAUUCUAACUAAUCCCAACCACUUCUGCCCUCUUUCUUCUUCGAGAAAAAAAAAAAUGUCUGAUCACAGCCCUUACCCCAAUUUCAACAUCCUUAGCGUUGACGUUUCUGAACAAAUUCUGUCACUGCUUCCAAUCCCAACUCUAAUUCGCGCCUCUUCUGUCUGUAAAUCUUGGCACUCCAUCAUCUCCACUCCUUCUUUCUCCUGUCUCACGCGCUCCCUGCAAAAUCGACACCCUUGGUUCUUUCUCUUCGGACUUCACAACACUAACUCGAAGAAUAAUCAAUCUUUUGCCUUUGAUCCCGUUUCCAAUUCUUGGUUUCAACUCCCUGCAACUCAGGAGUCUCCCGGUGGUUGCUUUAUUGGUGCUAAUGGGUACUUUUUUACUACCACUCCAAGAUUCAGUUACUGUAAGAUUUUGAAGAUGUUUUGGCGUCUUACUGCCCCGCUUAAGUUUUCUAGAAUUAAUCCUCUUGUGGGUGUUUUUUAUGAUGAUGAAUCUUGUAAUUCUUCUUCCGGGUUUGAGGCUGACGUGCCUAAGUUUAUUGUUGUGGGUGGCGUGAGGUUCAUCGGUGGGUUGGUUGAUAUUGAGGACAGAUUGGCUGUGGAGAUUUAUGAUCCCAAUUUGGAUUCUUGGGAGUUAUGUCCGCCUUUGCCGGCGGAUUUCCCCUCAGGAAAUUCAAGUCAGAACUUGUCUUCUGCAUUGUUUAAAGGGAGAUUCUAUGUAUUUGGUAUCUAUUCGUGUUUUAUUUCGUCUUUUGAUUUGAAAAAUCAUGUUUGGAGUGAGGUACAGACUCUAAGGCCUCCUGGGGUUAUUUUUUCUUUCUUGAUUGCUUGUCAAGAUAUGCUUGUUUUGGCUGGAAUGUGUAAUGCGCCACAUGGACCGUCGUUUAAUCUGUGGAAGAUUGAUCAGAACAGCAUGGAGUUUAGUGAGAUUGCAAUUAUGCCUCAUAAUUUUCUGUAUGGUUUGGUUGAUAGCGAAGAGGAUGAUAAAUUUGCAAGCUUGAAAUGUGUGGGGCUUGGUAAUCUUAUAUAUGUGUUCAAUGAGGAGUAUCAUAAGAAGUAUCCUGCUUGUGUUUGUGAGAUUAGUAGCGAGUCUGGUAAGUGUAGCUGGAGGAGGGUGCCUCAAUUGCCAUUACCCGUUAAUAAGUUUCAUAAGGUCAUUAGCUUUUGCUCAAUGGUUUCACUUCAUGACAUUCUCAACCAUGAGGAGGAAGAGAUUGGCCCUGUCCUAGCUAUGUCCGACUGAGAAUUCAUCUAUUUGGCAUGAAUAGACCUUGAUUUCCUUCUAUCUUGUGAAUGAUUUAUGUUAUUAUAGCAUCUUAAAUAGCAUUAGCUUAUUUAUUGUAGGCAAAUAAAUGUAGUUCCUAUAUUAUCUGUUGGUGACCACUUGUAUUGAAUAGAUCGCAGCAACUGCCUCUUCAGAAGAGUUCUUUUAAUUAGCUUUGAGUUA